AUUUUUUUUUUAUUAUCAACUAAUUAGUAUAUUUUAUUUUUAGGUUAGGUUUCGUAUCUAAAAAUAAAGUAAUAGAAUAUUUGUGUUGAUAUGUUUUAAUUUCGAAAAUUAUAUUAAAAAAAAUGGACAUUUUUCGCUAUCGGAAAUUUUUCAUUUAUAUUUUAACAUUUCUCGCGUACGCUUGGUCUGGAUAUGGUGCGGGUCUUUUGUCAAAUUUACGAGACGCUGUAUUAGCAACGGAAUCAAUAUUUGAGGAUUUUUUUCAAAAUGCCAUAACUGUGGCACGAAAAAUUAAAGACAUUCACGAAGUUUUUGACGCAGCUGUUGAGGAAUCUUGUGUAUUUCAAUGUCCAACAGGAAUUUCUCCAAAACCCGAUAGGAAUCAUAUUCCUCAAAGUGACGGAUGCGGAUCACUGGGAAUAGAGAUUAGUCAAGAAUAUCUUCCUCUAACGGAAAUGACAAAAUGUUGUGAUUCCCACGAUAUUUGUUAUGACACAUGCAAUUCGGAUAAGGAAAAAUGUGACUUAGAUUUUAAACGUUGUUUAUAUAAAUAUUGUGAGGGUUAUGAAUCAACGGGUACAUCAAUUGUAAAUACAUGUAAAGCAGCAGCAAAAAUGCUUUAUACCGGUACAACAACGCUUGGUUGUAAAAGUUAUAUGGAUGCACAAAAAAAUGCCUGCUUUUGCGGCGAUACAAAAUGGAGUCAAAAUAACAAUAAUAAUAAUAAUAAUAAUAAUAAUAGAAAAAAACCAAAAAAAGCCGCACACACUGGUGGCGAAUUAUAAAAUUUCAUCUUCUCUAUACUUGUUAUUUGUGUGUGUGUGUGUAUUUCUUUUGUAAUUUUAUCUAUUAUAUAUAUUUUACAUUUAUUAUUAGAAAAAAAUGUAAAUAUUUUUGUAUAAUAAUAAUAAUAAUAUUAUAUUAUUUAAAUUAUUUCACGUUUGUAUAAGAUAAUAAUAAAGAGUAUUUUUUUGUACAUAUAAAAAAAUAGACAAUAAGAAAAUAUUUUUAAACAAA